AUGUUUCUGACUCUGCACAAGGACCAGGAGGAGACCGAGAGACUGCACAAGGACCAGGAGGAGACCGAGAGACUGCACAAGGACCAGGAGGAGACCGAGAGACUGCACAAGGACCAGGAGGAGACCGAGAGACUGCACAAGGACCAGGAGGAGACCGAGAGACUGCACAAGGACCAGGAGGAGACCGCGAGACUGCACAAGGACCAGGAGGAGACCGAGAGACUGCACAAGGACCAGGAGGAGACCGAGAGUCAGCACAAGGACCAGGAGGAGACCGAGAGUUGGAGCAAAUCAGGAAGUACACAAAACACCAGAGUCUGA